UACCGCUUAGUCAAGUUUAUCGUGAUGGUGGUACAGGUUUAGAUGCAGUUUUAGACGUAUUUGAAACGGAUAACAAGCUGAAGAUGGUUGCACGUCCGGCUACGGGCCAGCGUAAGGCGAAUGCUGCGGCUCAGCAGCCCCUGCAGGGCAAAUUGAGGCCGCAGUCGGCCGCACAACUUGCUAUUGCGCCGGAGUCGCCACCUCGCAACGUUCCUGGAGCUGUGAAUGGAGAGCGUGUAGGAGCGACGAGCGAUGAAUUGAUUCGCGAUCUGGAGCACAAAGUGCGGAAGGUGGUGGAACUGAAGCGAGCGAAGAGCGACAAACUGCGCUUUGAGGUGGCCAAGAAGCGCGAGGAGGUGGAGAAGGCCAAGCUGGUGUUGCAGGAUCUGAUUAAGGACAGUGAAGCAUUAGGGCUGCACUAUAACCCUGGUAACAAUCAGAGCGAAGACGGUGGACACAACUCAACGGGUGACAAGAUUGUGGAGGAACCCAAUCGUCUACAACCUAUUGCCUCAAUCUCGAGGCGUCCAGUGUACUCGAAACACACAAAGAUCAACGAGUUGGAGGCCAAGUUAGAAAAACGAGCGCAAGCUUCGCAUGAGGUACUGCGUAGUACGAUGGUACUCGAACAUAUCAAGAAGCGGCUGCUGAAUGAACGCAUUGAAGUCACACAAGAGACGAACGAGCUCAAAGCUCGAUUUGCAGAUCUGAAUCAUCAGACGCAAGAGCUACAGAAGAAAGAAAUCAGUGCGAGUGAAGCUGUGAGUCAGAUCCAGGCGCGAUUAGUCGAGCAGAAGGUCGAGAUGGCUACUAAUCUGCGCAAGUACAAACGUGAGGUUGAGAUGCGGCAGAAAUGGGCACGAGAGAAAGCCAAGUUCGAGAAAUACUAUAAUGAUCAAAUGCAGACGUUGAUCGACAAUCAGGGCCAGAAUGGGGGCUCUGACGUUGGGCCGAAGAUGGGCUCUCCAAAUACCCGUCGUAACUCUCGAUCCCGUUCACCGAACAAAAUGCGGAGCGUUCACAUAACUACUUCCGAUGAGAUGGACCCACAAGAAGAGUAUCGCCAGGCUUUCCUUCGAAUGGGAUUCGGCCAUUACAGUGAGGGUGUAGAUCCGGAAGAAAUCAUUCGAACGUGGCUUUCUCAUGAGGAAAUCAUGAAGGAACUUGGCGCCAAACACGACGAGGACAUGGAGCGAAUUGCUGUUUUGCGCGACCAGCUCGCGAAAUCACGGAACAUUGCUAACGAGAAGGUCCCGCUAUCUAAACGGGGAACUUCGCAACGACUAGAAGUCAAGGAGAUUGAAAUCUCCAGUGUGGAACGUGCACUGGCUACUGUCGUUGAUCAGUACAUGUUUGUGGAUCAGAGUGUCCGCCCUCUAAAGGUUUGUCGAACUUUGCUUAGAGAGAGAGAGAGAGUAACGUACCCUCCACUGAGAAAGGUGGUGUAUUAUGUGAUUUAGAUCGGACUGCAGCAAAUUCUACAGAACGUCACGAACGAGACUGUGAACGUGGAUGACAUGGCAGGAAUCGAGAACGCACUCAUGGGUUCGAUAGAAGAGAUGAUGAAACUCGUGCGCGAAACUCGACUCGAUUCUGACAGCCCAUCGAACCAGUCUUCCAUCGACGAGGCUCUAACGUCAGGCGAGGCUACUCCAGUCGGUGGAGAGGGAGAAUCCAGCAAUGCAUCGAAGGCGAUCGCAGAAUUGGGUGUGGUCUCCGCAGACCAUUUCACUUCACCAUUCAACAUCCGUAUCCCACCGAAGCCGAAGGAACCGUACUAUGUCCUUGGCGUGAGUACUGUACCGCCAGCAGCGAAAGCACCUGAUGACGGCAAAGAGCCAGAAGAUUUGGUCGACUUGGACUUCGAUGUCAUGGACCGAUCGACGGUUAAGCGCAUUUCAUCCCUACUAGUUUGCACAAGCACAGGGAAGAAAGGCAAGGACAACGAGCGUAAUAGCCACCGAAGAACUAAGUUCUAAGCAGAAAUCCAACUAAGAAUGCUCGUUAUAUUGUUAAAUGAAAGACACUUAAACUCAUGAUGAGGUACUUAAACUCAUGAUGAGGUAACAUAGAA